AUGCCGUUUGUUUUUCUUAAUAAGUGCUUUCACUGAAAUAAAGAGAUAUUCCGUGUCCUGGGAUUCUCUAUUUCAGUUCUAAUGUGCUGAGAGAGCGAACAUUUGUCCAAAUACUUAUGAGUCCGACCUUGUGUUCACAGUAACACCUGAGCCUUUGCUUUUAGGCACAAUCGGAUUUCUAAUGUAAACUCAUGGAUUAGUUUUAGGGCUCCGGACUAACAGACGUUUCCAGCUGACUGAGGAUCCGGUGUUCGGUCCGUGGACCGGACGUUCGAUCGGUUCCUGCGCGCACAUCCGUCCCCUGAUCGAUGCCCGGCUGCUCUAUAAAACAUCCGGCUGCAGCUUCACACCUGCUGGACUUUGCUGCUGGUCACUUCCUGUCUGCACGGCUCCCGUGGACGUCAGUAAACCUUGAACCCUUGUCCGGUUCCUGCAGACAUGUCGCCUGAAGGAAUGAUGCUGUGCGCGCUCGUGGCCGCGCUGCUGCUCUGUGGUUCGGCUGCUCCGCCCGGUACCGGCUCAGCAGACGGAGACUUCCUGCAGCAGCUCGUGGUCCGGAGGGAGACAGCGAGCAGCGGGUCGGAUCCGGCCGACAGACUGGACCCGGCGGGUCAGAAGGUUCCUGCGCGAGCAGCCAGGCGCGUUCACCUGUCAGAGGACGCGCGCGAGAUGAUGACCAAACAGUUCAUGCAGACGCUCGCAGACGUGCUGAACUCCGAGUGCAUGUCGGACCGGGACUACACCGGCUGGGUGGACUUCGGGCGGCGGGACGCAGAAUGAGACGCGGCGACGCACAAAAUCAUGUCGGUAAUCGACUUUCUUUGUAACGUCAUAAAUAAAGACGUCUUCAGA